CAGAAUCAGCUGUCAGAUUUUCCAUUCCAACUUCAAAGUGAUAAUUUUUGAGGAUAUUUUUCAUUUAAUUAAUACAGUGCUAACCGAAUAAUGAUAUGAAUAAAAUAUUCAUUAUACUUAGCCGACGAUUUAACCAUUGUAUUCAUAAACAUAAGGUGUAAAAUUAGCGAGCGUAGGCCAACGCGGCGUGAAGUUCUCUCGUGAAUCGAUUUUUCGAUAAAGUCUGACUCUGAUUAGUACAGCCCGGUCGGUAGAGCGCUAGAGCAGUGUUGAUGCACUGGAUUGCAGAGUGUAAAGUUCAAUUUGCCGAAUUUCGGACGUAUUUAUACCUUUAACGUGGUAUAAAAACACGAGAAUAUUAACGUGAAUUUUCACUUUCAAAGUGAGUGAGUGAUAAGAAGAUGGCGAGCGGAUCGUGGGAAGAGUUCUUCGCGGUGCACCUCCCCCCCACAGACUUCGAGGACAACCGCUCGCUGCUGAAGGAGUUCUGCGAGAGGCACGACCAGUACGGGAACAAAAUCGUUCUUGUGACUUCGGGAGGAACCACAGUCCCCCUGGAACACAACACGGUGCGCUUCGUGGACAACUUCAGCGCGGGCACGCGCGGCGCCGCCUCCGCCGAGUACUUCCUGGAGCACGGCUACGCGGUCAUCUUCAUGCACCGCCAGAAGUCGCUGGAGCCCUUCACGAGGAACUUCACCGGGCAGAAGCUGUUCGACAUGCUGGACCUGCAGGACCGGGGACCGAACACCACUAUCACAGUGAAGCAGGACAGCGUGUUCGUGCUGGCGCCCGUGCUGCAGCGCUACCAGGCGGCGCACGCGGCGGGCGCGCUGCUGCACGUAGCGUUCACGUCCGUGUCGGAGUACUUCUGGCUGCUGCGCGCCGCGUGCGAGCUGCUGGCGCGCACCGGCCCGCGCGCGCUGCUGUACCUCGCCGCCGCCGUCUCCGACUUCUACGUGCCCAAGGACAGGGUCCCGACCCAUAAGAUGCAGUCAGCCAGCGGUCCCCCGGUGAUCCAACUGCACCUGGUGCCCAAGAUGUUGGCGCCGCUGGUCAACCUCUGGGUGCCGGAAGCCUACGUGGUGUCCUUCAAGCUGGAGACCGAUGAGAACCUGCUCAUCCCUAAAGCCCGAGCGGCCCUCGAGAAAUAUAAACAUAAGAUGGUGGUAGCGAACAUGCUGCAGACGCGGCAUCAGAGAGUGAUCCUUGUGACUCCAGACGCCAACCAGGAAAUUGUGCUCUCCAGAGAAGAAGUACAUGCAGGUAUAGACAUAGAGGGUGUGAUAGUGUCGGACAUAGUGCGUGCGCACGGCGCGCACAUGGGGUGCGGCGCGCCCCCCAGCUGCGCGCGCUCGCCGCGCUGAGGCUCGCGCGCCCGCCUGCCGCGCCUCUACCUCACCGACUAGCGACGCGGCCGGCGCGGCCACACCUCUGUGUGUCUUGACUGAAGUGCUACCAGUGUAUAAACCUUUGUGGACUGCCUAAAAGUGCAACCAGUUCAAGAUCCCUUGUGCAUUAAUUAAAGGUGCAACCACUGUAUAAAUCCUAAUGGAUUUACUAAAAAUGCAACCAGUUUAUAGUCCCUUGUGCAUUGACUAAAGGUGCAAUCACUGUAUAAAUCAUAGUGGAUUAACUAAAACUGCAAACCAGUGAUGAAUUUGGAUUGAUUAAAAAUACAACCAGUGCAUAAACCUUUGCAGAUUGACUUAAAGAACAACUUGUGAUGAAAUUCACGUUCAGAUGCAGCGGUAUAAUGACAAGAUAAGUUAAAAGCGAGUGCCAACACGCAAUUAUAUGAAAAUUGUGCUUGCCGUGUGUUUGUACAGCUAGCUUGACUUUUCAAAAGUCCUAUGACUUUUUUGACUGAUCAAAUCACACAGUAUAAUGUGAUAAUGUCGGAUAUUGUGGGAGUUCUGCAGGCACAUGGGGUGUUUUGCGCCCCCCGCGACCGCGUAUCUGGCGGAAUAUUUGUAAUUGCCAAUCUGUUAACGACAUACCCAGUGUUGAAAUAAAGUCUAAAAUCAGUAUCACUGUAAAUAAACGACGUGCCUCAGUAGGUAUGUACUGUACUAUACACGCCAAAACAUUUUAUCUUCAUAUUGGUCUUUCUUUCGUUGUGAUGCGACGGGACGAAAAAACGAUAUGUAGGCUAAUUAUGUUGUAAACUCCAAGCACGCAUCUUAUACCAGUGCGUGUGUGUGUGUAUGCGAGAACUUAAAGCAUGUGGAAACUAAAUUUUUAUAUAAUAUGUAUUUAUAUAGAUACUACCUGUUAUGAUGUCUUCCGAGGUAGUCUUCUCAAUAAAACACCAUACAAAAACCUUACAUUAGAUAUUGCAAAUUACAUAGAGCGAAAAAUGUUAAGUGUACCAUAAUAGAUAUUUUUUGGUGUUUUGGAUGCCCGUUGAUUUCACCCGUGUAAGUCUCGUUCCCUUUGUUAUAUCAGAAUUAAAAGUAGACCUUAAUAUUCUAGACUAUAAUAGUUUAUCUCUGAGCCAAAUUUCAUUAAGAUCAGUUCAGUUUAUGUGGAAUUAUAAAUGGUCUAACUUACCUGACUUUAUGUAUUUAAAGAUGGCCUUUUAGCUACAUAUCAUUAUUAAUUCAGUUAUGAAGAUGCUAACAUCAAACAAAAAUAGACCUAAUGUAUAUUGGCAUAAAACUCUAAUUCGUCAACUGUCAUUCCUAGCAAAGCAUGGCAACCAGAAGUAAUUUAAAUAUAACAAUGUAUAUUUUUAUGUUGAAUUUUUAUUAAAUAGUAAUGUAUAUUUUUAUCUACUUUCGAAAAACUUGGAUAGAUUAUUGAAUUUAACAUACAAACAUUUGACAGUUGACAGACAGUGUGUUGGUACUCGUAUUUAAAACUGAGGGAAUUUUGUUAACAAAACGAACUGUACUAAUUCUCAAGGUACAUCCCAGUGAUUGACUAAAUAACUUUGUAAUAGAUAUUUGGAUGAUUAUAAAUUAGAAUUUUGUUGGUGUGGACUUUUCAAAGUCAAUAAAUAUUAAUAAAUAAUUGUGUUCUCAAAAAAUGUUCAAGUAUCUAGUGAAUAUAAUAUAUUGUGUCGAAAGUAUGAAUACAUUACGUUUGUAGGUGAAACAACUCAGUCCUCGACCGCGCGGGACAGGGAUUUAAGGUAUGACGUCACAGGCGAAUUACCGAGGAAUUAGGCUCUGACUAAUUACAUAAGGACCUGCCUCACUAGACGUUACAUUUCUGUCAAUGUAUAUGAUCAACGAUCUAAUGCGAUUGUAAAAACUGUCCCAAUAGAAUCGAUGUUUUGUAGUUAAAAUUGUGUUCGUCGGUUAAAGAGUUCUAUAAAAAUAUGUAAGAACUGAAUUACUAUUUAUCUAUUAUUUAGAUCUAUUAGUUAGAUAGCCCAUUUAUCGAGGAAGGUUAUAGACUAUAUUUUAUCCCCGAAUUCCUAUGGGAACGGGAACCACGCGGGUAAAACCGCGGGGCGUCUACUAGUAAGAUAUAUACCUAAUCUGGAGCUCGUUUUCCUUAAUAAACAAUUUUGUUCGAGAAUUUGGGUCGCGAUACUAGUACUUAUGUAAUUGGUCUGAGGAGUGAGGGACAGGCUCAUCCAUAAUGCCUCUCUCUCUCCCCUCUGUCGUCAUUCCUCGCAGCUCCAUGCUGUGAGGUUGAGGACUCGUAUAUCGGUUUGUCUAUGAGUGUGAUGUUGCUGAUUGUCUCUAAUGAGUGUGAUAUCGUUGAGUGUCAAGUCUCUUGUAAACAAUUACAAACCAUUUAGUGCCAUCUUUUUUCAACACUGUAUAUUGGAAAGAGUCAACACUAUUUUAAAAUCUGUAUAGAUUUUUGUACUAUACUUUUGUCGUUAUAAGUAUUCAUGUUUGUUUUAUGUGUAUUUAUUGGAAAUGGGUUUUGUAAUAUAAGAUAAUUAUUUAAAAAUCUCAUAGUGUGUUAAAACAUGGUGCGCAAGACCGAUUUUCUUAUUUACUUUUAUUUAGAAUAUAAUAGUGGUUUUUAUUACAUUUAAUUUUAUUUUUUAGGACUAUAUUAGGGCGAGUAUACUACCAUAUUAUAUUAUAUAUUUGAAAACAACUUGAUCCUAUAUUAAGGUUCUAAAUCGGUUAGGCGCACCUUUGCUAUGCCUUCCCAAUCUAUCCUCUAUUUAUGAUAAGUGUAGGUAGUUUUUGUAUGUCUUAUUAUAAUAUUAAGGUGUUUCACUUAUCAAAAGAGUUACAUAUAUAAAAAAGUUAUUUAUUUACAAUAUUUUAAAUAAAACGACUGGAUAUUAGUAAUCUAUAGUCCAUGAUUCGUGAGUUGGAUAGUAGAUACGGCUGGUUCUUAAUGUAUAUCCUAAUUUUUAUUCUUAUAACCGGGUUUUAUUCGUAUAACCAGAUUUUUGUGUGUAUAGCAAGAUUUUGCCCGGAUAUUCAUGUAGUUUAAGAGUGACGUAUGAUUUUGUGUGACAUGUAAAUUUGUCUUCGAAGUAUUGUUCGUAUUUUGUAUUAUGUGUAUACAUUUUAUAUAAAAAUAGCUUUAAUCGUUUGGUGUUAUGAUAAUAAUUUUAAAUAUUUAUCAAGUUCUACUAUAAUAGACAUUAUUUGUGGAUCAUGACAAUCAUGAUAAUGACAUAAAAAUAAAUCAAUCUUUAUUCAUAUAGACAACAACAAUAAAAACAAGUCGUAAUAACAACAUGUUUUUAUUUUAUUUUAACUGGUUUCACUGUUUUAGCCUUUUUUAAGCGUGUUUUAAAGUUUUUUGAGAGUCAGUUAAUGUUAGAUCACAAACUAAACCAGACAUAAAUAGAUGUAGGACGUACAGAAGUGGUAUCCACGCGAAUAUUGUGUUAGUUUGCGUGUCCUAUAGUACGCAUUAUAUAAUAUAUAAGCAAAUAUAAGACAUACUCUUAGGACACGCAAACUAUAUUAACGAUAUUAAGAUAUCAGCGAGCAUACAAGUUACAAUAUACUUUGACAUUUAUAAUCAGUUGAAAGCGUUCAAGAGUUCUGAGUUUUGCGUUUAGGCGUUCUAAGUUCUACGUUUAGGUGUUCUGAGUUCUGCGUUUUUCAUCCGCGUUCUCUAUAAUGUGUGUAACUGUUGAGGGUAUAUAAGAAUAAGACAAGAAAGAAAGAAAAUGAAUUUAUUCAAAUCUUAAAGGCAGCAUGUCUGUCUGUAACCCUUAAAUAAAAGAAAGUGUAUACAUAUUAAUUGAUUGAAACACGGCUAAAACUCACGUGAUAUUAGGUCGGAGUAUGCCCUUAAUAUGAAUUAAUAUGAAUAACACUCACGAUAGUUUAAAUUCUAAAUUCUAAAAAAAAAGUGUGUACAGUUCAGCAUAUGCCGUGGUCUACAUAAAAGCAUAACAAACGUCACUGAUAUUCACAGGAGGGCGAAUGAACCAAAAGUCAAAGAAUGAUGAUGAAUGUAUGUAAUUAUAGCAUUGCGCAGACACCAGGCAGUUUGCACGGUUUGACCAUCUGCCUGCUGCUAUAUCUGCGUGGCGAUAUAAACACAACUGACAAACUUUGGCCUGAACACAAAACACAGAACGCCUGAACACAGAACUCAGAACUCCUGAUCACAAAACACAGAACUCAGAACUCCUGAACACAAAACACAGAACGCCUGAACACAGAACUCAGAACUCCUGAACACAAAACUCAGAACGCCUGAACGAAAUGAUAUAAUAUAACUUUGAGUUAUACUUACAUGAUUCUAAAAUUAGAGGUUAUUUUUAUUUAAAAAAUUAGUACGAUUGAUUAUUUAAUAAUUUUAAUCAAACUAGUAGUUCCUGUUGUUUUACUAAUUAGUAUUUAAAUUAAUUAUUGCCAAUAUACAAGUAAAGUGUAAAUAAAUCAUAAUAAUUUAUUCCUAAUAAGUAUUAAGAAUACUUUUUUUAUAUGUUAUAUUAAUGUCUCCCUUUUAAAAACAAAAGUAAAAUUUUUGGGCCAAAUAUUUUACAUACAUAUCAUUUAUAGCGAAUGAAGCCAAUGGAUUGGAUUCAAUAUAUUUUGUGGUUCGCGGUAUCAUCUUGGACUAUUCCAGUAUUUGAUGCCAAAAUAGACAAUUUGCUGGCUGAUAUAUGAAUGUAUUGCAAAUAGUCGUGGCGAAUUUCAAUGAUAAACUGCUCAGUCUACUUUUAUCAACGUAAAAUAAUAAACGUACAGUAUAGUCUUGCUUUAAAACUUAAUUUCGUAAAUAUUUUAAAAACCUUAGAACAGUGUUUAAAAUUCAAAAUUCAUUUAUUUCAAGUACGCUCGGUUUACAAGCAAUUUUGAAACUUUAGUUCACUAUUGACACUACCGGUUCGGAAGGCAGGUUCUGCUGAGAAAAGUCGACAAGAAACUCGACCGUUGCUCUUUUAAAUUUACGUAUGCCUUUGACACAGUGUUCAAGUUUAGUGUGAAGUUUGAACUAGGCUAGUUUCCAUUUUAAAAACAAAAAAAAAUAGGUGAACUCAAUCGUGAUUCGUAGAUAUCUAGACACUAUACAAUGUAAAAUUCUCAAAUUGUCAAAUAUACUUCCAAAACCAAGUAUGAAUAUUGUACAAAAUCAACUUUCAAGAUUAUCUAGUUAUUGUAUAUACGACACCCAAAAUUGGAUAUGUAGGGUAUUUAUUUAUAUAAUAAACAUUUAUAAGCCUUUUUUAAUGGCCCACGGAGGGCCUGGUUUCUCCUUAAGGUGCUGAUAGACUUGAUUCACUUGUAAUAAGCAUUCGUACGAAUGUUACAUCACAGAAUAAUACGAGAACAUUUUAGCCAGCAUUCUAUAGUGCGUUCUGGCGAGCAGAUUUGCUUAGAAUGGAAACAUCGAAUGGAGCAUUCGCUAGAAUUCUCAAGAUGUUCGUAGCAAUAUUUGGCUCUAUGCUUGGCUCGUUGUUAAGUUCGACAAAUAUAAAAACGGCGAAUGCUCGAUGUUCUGUUACAAGUGAAUGCUCAAGUCUAUCAGCACCUUUAUAGGAGAUAUUUGGAGCUUAACUUAAAACUACCACACUGCUCCGAAGCGGGCAUUUACAUAACUUGUAUAUGUUUGUGACAUUUUGUUUGUGUAUCGUCUCUUGGUGUAAUAGUUUAGUCGCAAAAUAUAUGCUAAAAUACAAUAGUUAAGUCUAAUUUACAAUAUGUAUUCGAGUAUGAGCUUGUGAUAGCCACAUCGUCUUCAUUUAUAAAAGUUUCCCAGCCCAUGCCUCACCCACACAUACAGCACCUAUACAUGUUUUCACCAUAAGUAAAUACGAUUGCCAGCUACGGUCUUUGAACUGUGCGGAUUUUGGGAGGUAGCCAGGUUUCAUGGUUCUAGACCGACAAGUUUGAAACGUAAUCAAUUUAUGUUUUUACGUCUACGGAAAUCAUUUCCCCAGUCACUAGACUUACUAUACUUACCCAAACGAUUGCCUACCGGUUUUAACCAAGGUUUUACUUACAGUAGAAUUCAUAGACAUUAUUGGGGCGCAAGGGAUCAUUCACCUGCUGAGUGUCUAAUUCUCAAACAAAUAAAGGUUAAUUCGACACUUAGCGGCUGAAUGAUCCCCUGGGGGUGCCCCUACAACGUCUAUUAACUGUUAAAUGCAUGGACUGACAAACAUUCAUCUUUUAUAAAACCACGAAGAUGUGGCCGCGACACACUCAUAAUCUAUAUUUAAACAAUUUAAUAAAAAACGAAAAAUUUAUUAAUUUUUACACAUAUUUGCGUACAUUUUGUAAUCGAUGUUUAUUAACUAUGUAUAUCAAUCAGUAAAUAUUAAGGAUAUUUAUAUAAAGAAGACGAUUUAUUUAUGUUUUAGUAAUAAAUUAAAAUCAAAGUCAUUUCAUCUCCCUAGUUUAAUAAUCCACUACAGGACACAGUCCUCUCUGCUAUUAGGGAGAGGGAUCUGGAGCUUAAACCCAUAAAGCUGCUCUAGUGCGAGUUGGAAGACUAAAGGCUAAGUUAUAAAAGAAGAUGUUUUUUAAUAAGAAGCAUAAUAAUUCUCCUUAGCGUGCACUUUUAUUAUUCUAGGAUUUUUUUAUGAUUUGCGAAUACUUAUUCCGCCAUUCGAUGUUCGUUGCGAAUGUCUCUCUCGUAUAUAUGUAUAUCUCACCAAACUGUUUACACAUAUGGAUAUACUAAUUGGUUUUUACGUGCUUCUGUCUGUAGUGUCAACAUUUAAGGAGAGUCACUACACUCAUCAUAACUCGCAUCGAAUACGAAAAUUAAAAUUAACAAAUAAGAGUACGAAUUUCGUAGUUAGUUACGUUUGUUGAUUUACAAAGUAUUGUCUUGUCUGGACGCCCGCGACAUCGUCCGCGUAAAAUUUAGUUUUUCACAAAUCGCUCGGGAACCAUGGAUUUUUCCAGAAUGAAAAGUGAAAAAAUCCUAUGUGUUAAUCCAGAGUAAAAUUUAUUUCCAUUCCAAAUUUCAGACAAAUCGGUUCAGUAGUUGCGGCGUUGAAGAGUAACAAACAUCCAUACUAACUUUCGCGUUUAUAAUAUUAGUAGGACCUUUUUGGAGAGGUUUUCGACGCUCGCUUUCGAGCAUCGAUUGACUGUUUCGAGUUUUGAGACGAAUGCGUUUGUCGACUUGUGAGUUCUUGUCUUUAGUGUUAACAUUUUAGUGAGUGUGUCUCAUUUUCGACUUACGCAUUGGAACAUCGCCUGACUAAGGGUUCGUUUACACGAGCAGCAUGUUGCCAACGGCAGCUGGCAAAUACUGACGACGACGACUGCAGUCGACUGCAGUCGUCAGCAGCAGUUGCUGCUCGUGUAAAUGAACCCAUAAACAAGUUUUAUCAUAAAUAACCGAGGGUGAGAAUGCAUGCUGAAUGAUUUCAUACCAUUUGAUUGAAACUUCUCUUCUGUAACAUAAAGUGUUGUAAAACUGAGUUUAAUUUUGCACUUAAGACAACUUGUCUCUCUACUAGGUAUUUGUGUAUCAAGUAAUUUUAAGAACAUACCUAUUUAAAAUUGUUUUUGUCAUAAAUAUGUACAUUGUAGGUAUUAAGGAAAAAAUUGUCCCCGUGUCAUGUAUUUUAUAUACUGUUUACGAGUUGGAGAUAUUAUUGCAUUUAAAGGUCUAAACUACACUGAUCAUGUUAUUUAUAUUUAUGCCAGUGAGUUACAAAUACGAGUAUGUGUAAACCGCAUAAAUGUGUCCUCUACCUCGUGGUACAAUGCGGGGGGUAUGUCGACAGGGGGAGCGAGGGAAACAGACGCUUCUAAUUAAUUGUUAUUGCCACCCCCAUCUCCUCUGUCGUCAUCCCUGUAACACGCGGUUGAAGACUCGGGCGGUUUGCAUGUAAUGUGAUUUAUUCUACUGACACGGAACCGUUUAGUGUACCGACUGCAAUUUUCAGUGUCUGUAAUAAAACGAGAACCAGUGAUGGCCAGAUCUUGAUUAUAAUUCUGUUAGCUUGUCUGCUCUUGUAACUCUAAAGGUCAGAGAUUUUGAAGAAAGCUUUUGUGUGGGAUAAUAUCAAUAAGAAUCAUAUUAUCAUAUGCCAGACACUUUGUUUUAACGGUGCUUUUCGAAAAGUUGCAUGUCUCUGACCACUGAGAGAACAUGAUUCCUGAAUGAUCGUCUCGAAAAACAUAUAAUUUUGACAAAAUACAAACUUUGCAAUUGCACGUUGUAGAGUCAACAACAUACGUAGAGAGUAUUUUGUCAAACCUGGGUGACGUUGUCCCAUGGGUUCGUCGACUUUUUGCAAAUGAUAGCAAAAUAAAUAAAUCAUUAUAUAAUCAUGAUGAACUUCCGCAAAGUAACGCCUGCUUCUAUCCAAUAUAAUUAAAAGCUUUGUUCUUGGAAGACUGAGGGUCUCGGCCUUUCAUACCUGCUACUCUUAUAGCUUGGGCUGCCAUGCUUUUAUUAAAUGACGAAGAUCUGGCUAUGACAGGCUUUUAUACCAUAAUCAUGAGCCGCGUGUACUUUGUCAUAUAUGUAUUUAAACAACACGCUUGUGUCAAAUGUGUUUCAAACUUUAACCUUUUGAUCUUCCGAUCAGUAGUGCGUGCCGUUGCUACGUGAAGACAAUAAGAUCCAUGAAUUUUUGGCGUGGCAUUGACUGGUUGUUUCUUGUGUGGCCAAGGUUAGGCUGAGUGUGAAAAAUAUGAUAUUAUGUAAAAGCGAAACACAUAUCAUAAACGUGACAUCUUUAAGCCUAAGUUACACGAGGGGAAUUGACAACAAUGCCACAGGAUAUAGCGUUAUGAUUUGUUAGUUAGGACUUGUUGCAUAGUAAGAAACUCGACAAGAAACUCCUUGUGUGACCUAGCCUUUAUAACAAUGUUACAGUGGUAUUCAUAGACCUUGUAGGGGCACCCCGAGGGGAUCAUUCACCCGCUGUCAAAUUCUCAAACAAUUAGAGGUUAAAUUCGACACUCAGCGGCUGAAUGAUCCCCUGGGGGUGCACCUACAUGAACGUCUAAGAGUUCCACUGUAAGUCUCGUACUGUUGACGCUCGGCCUUCAAUAAGGUGAGUGCAGACCGGCGUUACGGAUUUACAUUUGCAGUUAGCGAGAGAUUCGCAAUGUUAAAAAUUUGAAUAAGCGAUUGGCCCUUUGCUCACUUGUCCCUCUUAAUAUGGCGACUGACAUAAUUUUAAUGUCUGAGAUGAAUAUUUGCGUUCACCGCUGUCGAUCAUGAUCGGAAUAUUUGAAUUGACUGCUCCAUUCAGUAGUAGGGUACAAAUAGUCUGUGCGGCUCUGCUCGCUUUCAUAUAAUUAACAGGCAUAGAUAAUAAUUAACAGAAAUCAUGAUGACAGAUGCGUGGAGGACUCUCUUAAAUGAAUUUGGAAAAUGGUUUAUUGAAUGAAUAAAUGCGAAUGCUUGCGUUGCAUCAUGUCACACUAUGUCUCGUAACGCUGGUCAGUAUUCACCUUAACUCUCAUGAUAAAGCUAAUUUUAUUAUGUUUAACGGCUUUUUACUAAGGAUGCUAAACUGGUCAACUCAUAAAGCGACAAAUAGGAUUGUCAUACUGAACAAAGACACGUAAAAACGUUUACUUUGCUAACAACAGGUAUAAUAGAAGAAUUAUUAUCUUUAUGUAACGUUUGCGUUGGACGGGAUAUUUAGGUAUACUAUUUGCAGCUCAUUUUUACGAAAUAUAACGAUCAUAUUGAGCUUAUAUUAAAGGUGCAUAUGAAAGUAAAUGACGCGCGAUGAGUCUUCUACAUUUACUCGUGUAUGUCAGCCAUUGACAUUGCGCAUUGCAUGCAGUCCAUUGUAGCACAUUUGACCAAUGUCAAAACAGCUACGAAAAGACCUGUAUGAAUGAACUACUUUUGUCAGUGGCGUGCAUAAGGUUGUCGAUAUCAGGAUAUGCACUAGUAAGAACCUUAAGCAAACUGGGAAAAUCUUCAUUUAAUAAGCAUUAAGAAGACAACUCGUAUAGGGUACGCAGUACUUUAAUGCAUGUAUGAAGGGCACACGGCACACCACUCACUUUUGUAUAGAUUUUGAAUUUUCUUCGGUGUUAGUUUAGUAAUAAGUAUUAACUUUUCUAUUUCACGUUUAGGAAUUCUGAAAACCGGGAUUUUCUUGUUUUAUCACUUACCGAACAAUCUUCUUGGUGCCGCGUGUCAGUUCAAUUAAAUUCAAUGUUGAAAUCCUUCGCUUGUUGAUUUGCUUCUCUUUACAGCUUUACCAUGAGAGUCGAAUAGUAUAGAACUGUUUUCUUGUUGUAUUGUAUGUAUGUUAGAAGUCUAGAUUGAACCGAAGUAUCGUAUUAUAUUUGUGUAUGUAACAAAUGGGUAUCUCUUGUUGUGAUAAUGUUCUACACUGAUGCUGUAGCCUUAGAAGAGAUUUUAAUAGACCUGAAUAUAUAUAUUUCGUCAUUUUCAA